AAAGAUUCCAUUCGCGAAUUUUGUUGACAAUGAAUUAUUGGAAUAUUAUCUGCAACAAUUCCGAAUCCGAAUUGAUCCAUUACUGUGAUGAUUAUCAUUUAUAUAUGUUGGAUAAUUGUUUUCAACAAACAUUCUUAACGCUGCCAAUCUAUCUAGGUUUGCUAAUUUAUUGUUCAUAUCAAUUAGGAUUGUAUAGUUAUUCGACAAUAACAACAAAUCAUCAUCGUUCAAUAAAUCAAUGGUGUCAUUCGAUCGGUUUAUUACUUUUAAUUGUGAUAAUAAUAUGCCAAAUUAUUCUAGUUGGCAUAUCGAAUCUUGUCACUAUAAAAUUAUCGACAUUAUUGAAAAUUGUUACAUUAAUUAUUUAUUGUUUUUGGUUUGAUUGCAUAUCACCGAGAAGAUCUUCUAUUAAUGAUAAAUGGAAGAGUUAUCUUUUAAAAUCCUUUCUGUUCAUAAUAGUUUUAUUGAAUAUUUCUGAAUUCAUCACAACUGGUGAUGAACCAUUAUUAUCUGAUGAUAAUAAUGAAUUUGUUCUUAAAUGCGAUGAACUCGAAUCAUCAAUAAUAUCGAAAUUAUUAUUUCAAUGGGUAUCACCAUUAUUGGAUAAAGGUCAAUUGGAAUCGAAUCGAAUCGAUUCAAUUAUCUGGAUUGUGAUCAACAGAAACGUUCAUUAA